AUGCCUCCUCACUUAUUCACUGGUGGAAAAGUUGAGGGAGAGAGAGGCUCAUCCAUUCAUGUGGUUCUUAUAGAUGUAAUCACAGGAAAUGUAGUCCAAACAGGAGAAGAAUCUGCUUCAAAGCUGACUGUUGUCAUGCUAGAGGGAGACUUCAAUGAUGAGGACAAUGAAGAUUGGACGAGAGAGCACUUUGACAACUUUGAAGUGAAAGAACGAGAAGGGAAACGCCCAAUCUUGACAGGUGACACAUAUGUGAUCCUUAAAGAAGGUGUGGGAACUUUAGGAGGGUUAACUUUUACCGACAACUCGAGUUGGAUUAGGAGCAGAAACUUUAGGCUUGGUGUUAAGGCGGCUCCAGGGAAUGGUGAUAGCUAUCACAUUCGUGAAGCCAAAACAGAACCUUUUGCUGUCAAAGAUCGUAGUGGAGAAUUAGACAAGAAACAUUAUCCACCAGCUUUACACGAUGAUGUCUGGAGACUGGAUAGAAUAGCAAAAGAUGGUGUCCUACACAAGAAGCUAUUGAAAGCUAACAUCGUGUCAGUCGAAGACUUCCUCCGUCUCCUUGUUAAGGAUCCCCACAUAAGCUAA